UGUAUGUGUAGCCACAUGGGUUCCUAAUUCCAUUCCGUACGAAUCUAUAAGGAAAUGGGGGAAGACAUGGUUGUAGUACUAAUGAUUUCUUGAAUGGAGAUGAGAGCCUAUCCCUCCAACUCGAUAUACUUCCUCAUCAAACGAUCAAUGUUUAGGAAUUUGAAUCAGUUUUACUUCAAUCUGCUCUUUCUUUUUCUACUUUUGCAAAUCUCAUGGGUUCAUUCCAAACAUGGAACCUCUUAUAAUGCGACACUAAUUAUUGGAUUAUCGUCAUCAUCGUCUUUAUCGCCAUCAAGAGUUAAUCAUCUACCUGGUUUCUCAGGACCUCUUCCUUUCUAUCUUGAAACAGGGUAUGUCAGUGUUGACGGUAGUUAUGAAGAAGAUUCACCGAGUAAUAUCGAUUAUGGCAAUAAAAAUACUGAGAUGUUCUAUUAUUAUGCGAAAUCGGAAAGAAAUCCUGAAGAAGAUCCUCUUGUGUUCGGGUUCACUGGUGGUCCGCGUUUCUCUAGUCUUAGUGCUUUGUUUUUUGAGAUAGGUAGGCAUCUGAAAGCGCCGUCGUCUCUCAUUUUCUAUAAUUAUCUUCACUUUCAAUAUGUAGCCAAUAUAAUAUUUCCAGACGGCCCUAUUUACACUGGAUUUUCUUACUCAAAGUCUUCACCCAGUUUACGCGUCGGAGAUGAAGAGUCUUCGAAGAGCAUCCACCAAUUUGUGAUGAAGUGGUUAAUUGGGCAUCCAGAAUUUAAAUCCAACCCUCUUUACAUUGGUGGUGAUUCAUAUUCAGGCAAGAUUGUUCCUGUCGUCGUCCAAUAUUUAAUAAAUGAUAUUGAAACUCAAAAGUAUCCAUUCCUUCACCUCAAGGGUUACUUACUCGGGAAUCCAGUCACCAAUAGACAACUAGACCACACUGCACGGGUGCCAUAUGCUUAUGGCAUGGGCCUUUUAUCCUACGAACUAUUUGAGUCAAUGAAGGAGAAUUGCAAAGGGAAGUAUGUAAAUUUUGAUCUGGACAAUGUGAAUUGCUUAAAGGAUCGCCUAAAAUUCCAAGAGUGUACGUCUAAUAUAAAUCAAGCACAUAUUUCGGAGGACAAGUAUUGUGACAAUCUGAAUCAAAAACCCGAACAGCCAAUUGAUAAUAGACGCUCCCUCUCAGUGAAUGCAGGAGUUGUCGCAUCAUUAGAGCCCAUUCUUCCUAUUCCAGGGUGCAGGGCAUACUCUCUUUUCUAUUCAAAUUUUCAAAUUAUGUAUAUGAAAUAUCAUAAUCAAAAUCUUGUAUCUGGAUACUGGGCAAAUAAUGAUCGUGUCCUAGAGGCACUCCAUGUAAAGAAGGAGACAGUUAAGAAAUGGAUUAGGUGCAACUACGACAUACCUUAUGCAUAUGAUAUUUCUAGCAGUGUAGAAUAUCAUCGAAAUAUAAGCACCAAACUCGGUUAUAGAGCGCUCAUAUACAGUGGUGAUCAUGAUUACAUAGUGCCACAUAUUUCAACAAAAGCAUGGAUACGGUCACUGAACUUAUCCAUUGUCGAUGAUUGGCGCCCAUGGCUCCUGGAUGAUCAGUUUGCCGGAUAUACAAGAACAUACUCAAGCGGUCUGACAUAUGCGACUGUGAAGGGAGCAGGUCACACAGCUCCAGAGUUCAGACCUAAAGAAUGUUAUGCAAUGUUUGAGAGGUGGAUGUCUCAUGCUCCUUUAUAAAUCAUGUGACUCAAAGUGGUUUACGUUGCCAGUUCCCCGAAAAUCCAAUCAUGCAACCAUGUCCGUAGUUCUUCAAGAGUUGGUUGUGCAUAAGCAAUAGUCUAAAAACCAGUAGACCUAUGCCAGUGGAGUCUCAGUGGCUUGUAUUCACCGAGGCCGGUACGAUGGCAAUGGAAAUUAUUGAUGACAUCAUGUGAGCCAAUGAUCAUGUUUCUUAAUUCUUGCUAAUUAAGAAAUCCACAAAA